AGAAAAACCGCGCCGUUUCGCACACUAUCGUUUUGUUUUGUUUUAUUAUUGUAGAAUGUACGAUUGUGCAGAGAAAGAGAGAAAGAGAGAGAGAGAGAGAGAGAGCAUGAGAUGAACCAGAAUUGGAGACUUCUGUCUCGAGGAAUCACGGCUGAACAUUUUUCUUGGAUUGCAGAUGUAAAUAAUGGCGUUUGAGCUCGAGGAUCUCCUAAAGGAGGAUAAGAAGGACGCAAAUUUAUUGCCUGACCUAAGUAAAGCAACCUGUCAGUCUCCAGAGGAGUUCCGGCGACUGCUCGAGAACUGUCCCGAGUUCAAAAUCAAGCCGGAAAAGGUGAAGAAAGACGACGCGAAGGUGCGCGACAAGGAUUUUUCCUGGAGACCGACUAAGAAAGAGAUAAAAGCAUUCGGAAAAGAGUGGAACUAUGGAAAUCCAAUACCGCCGGAUAUGAGAGGUUUGAAUCUUGGAGAAUUACAGCAGGUUGCCAUUGACUGGAGGAUGUUGACGCCCCUCAGGCCGAAGCAACGUCAGGACGAAGAGAUGUUUUCAAGAUUGGUGGAAAUGGGUAAACUGGAAGCAAAGACGAUCGCCAGAGAGCGGCGAUCGACGACGAGUCCCAUUAGGCGAAGCAAGAAUCGCGCUGGCAUAAUAGAGAGCAGCGUAAAAAUUUGCACGGAAUGCGGAGAGGAAUUUUGCUUCGGCGAGUUCUGCGGAGAUGUCCUUUACGACUCGUUCAUAAGAGUCACCGUCACGAUCCAGCAGCCGAAAGUGAAAGUGUCCGCCGACACCGAGGCGAUAAUAGCUAACAUGGAUCGCAAGAAGCGCAAGAAGAAGAAACGAGCCAAGAGCAAAGGCAGAACGUCUAGGAAGACCGCCAGGCUGCUGGUUCGGAGCAAAGGAAAGAAAUCUUUAAGUAACGAAUUAGAUAGGAGAAGCAGCACCGAUCAACUAGACAGAANAGCAUGA